UCCUUCAGUGUAACUGAAACUUAACACACAACUGCACGCACGCACGCCAGCACAACUGGCAUCAUGAGCAGCAGAAGACCCAGCAGCGUUCGCGCUCAAAUCCCUGACCAGCCCAGAGCCAACGCUCGAGCCAAAGGAAAGGGGGUGAGUAAACAGCAGAGACAUAAGAGUGACAGAGAACCUCCGGCGUGCGAUGAUGUCUCCGUAACAAAACGGCAGAGUAAAAAGCAGAGAGAUCUAACCAGCCGUGACAGAGAACACAAAUCUCCGGAGAGCAAGUCUGAAGAAAAACGCAGUUUGAUAUCAAGAAGAACGCAUAAAUCUCCACACAGUAACGUGGACAGGAUUCGCGAUGCGCAAACAUCCAAGAAUGGCACAAUGGAAAGAGCAAGCACACAACGAAAGAGUAAAAAGCAGAUUGAUCCUCAAAACUGUGAAAGUGAAGACAUACCUCAGAAGACCACCAAGAGCAGGUGCGAUAAAAAACCCGCGCCAAAACGGGCGAGCAGUAUCCAACAGAGUAAAAAACAGAGAGAUCUUUCCAGUCAAAACAAACACGGAUCUCCGGAGGAUUCCAAGAGCAAGUCCGAAGGAAAAUACGUACCAAAAUCCACAAGAACACACAAAUCUGUUCCUAAUAAGGCACAAAGUACUGGCGAGGAGCAAAACCCCCAGAAUAGCACAGACGUCGGCCCUUCAGCGGUUUGCGCGGGAAAACCUGACGGCAAAAAGAAAAGCGCGCCAAAUCCCAGCGAGAGUAACACUGACGCGGGACAAUCACGUGCAGCAGAAAGCUCUAUAAAGAGAAUGCGAAGCGCUGAUGACAACCUAGGAAAAGUUCUCCAUGCCGCUAUUGAAAAAUUAAAGAUCAAAACAGCCAUGCGGUCCAAAGCCUCCAGCUGUGUUAAUGAUAUCACGGAUAAAGUUAUUGCACAUCUUAAAAAAAAUAAGCCCUGGUGUGAAGAUAUCGAAAGAUUAAGAACAGGAAGUUAUUAUGAAAACGUUAAAAUCUGCGAACCUGACGAAUUUGAUGUGAUGCUGACUAUUCCUGUGAAGAGGGUGGAUAUACAGAACUUCAGUGAUAAUGGAGCAUUUUACAGUGUUGCACUGAAACGAGAUCCAAAUAAACACCCGCUGUACAAAUUUCUAAAUGAAGACAAGACAAUACGGGCCAGUGAAAUGCUGAGUGAAUUUAGAGAUGGCGUUAAGAAGGCUGUGAAGCCACUUAUGUACAACAUUGAGGUAGAGCGCAAGAAGGCAAGAUGCCCCGCAGUGACACUGCAAGUAACAGAAAAUAAAAAGACAAUUUCCAUCGACUUUGUUCUUGGGCUUAAGGUCCACAGUUCAAGCUGGCCACACUUUACAAAAAAUGGUUUCAGAGUAGAAGACUGGCUUGGUACCAAGGAGAAAGCUGAUCUGAAGCGUCAACCAUUCUACCUGGUGCCUAAAUACGAGGGGAAAGGAAAUGCAGAGCAUGAUGGAGUUGUGGCAAAGGAUGCCUGGCGAAUCUCUUUUUCACAUGUUGAGAAAGACAUCCUAAAAAGGCACGGCCACUCCAAGACAUGCUGUGAGGCCAGAGGCCGGAAAUGUUGCAGGAAGGAGUGUCUAAAGCUUCUAAAGUAUCUUCUUGGACAAUUCAAAGAGAAGCACCCAAAAGAGAUGUCCAACUUCUGCUCCUACCAUGCAAAGACCACCCUUCUCCAUGCUUGUGCUAAAAGGGUAGAGGACAGUUUUUGGGCUUAUAGUCAGCUGUCUGACUGCUUCCAGCAGCUUUUGGAAGACUUCGUCGAAUGCCUUAGAAAACGUGAUCUCCCGAACUUUUUCAUCCCAUCCCAUAACCUAAUAAAUCCAGCCCAACUGAAUAAGAGCUGCUGCGAAUUUCUUGUACAGCAAAUUGAAAUUCAACGCAACAACAACUUCCCUAUAUUCUGUUAAGUUCACAUUUUCUAAUUAUAUUGAAGUAUGUUUUGUCCUCCUCUUUCAUCUUCAUUGUCAAUUUCUAAAAUUAUGCUAUGCAAGACUGUAUGACAGGGCAUUGUACAUUUGAAGUUAUUUUUAAGAAUAGUUUCUUAUUGGGAAAAGAUAAUACUUUUGUUGAAUACUCAUCUUCUGAUUCUUUUACUUGAAUAUUACAUGUUCCAUUUGUUUAUCUUUUUUAAACUGUCUACUUACCUCUAUGUAGAUAUUUUACAUAUAUACAUAUAUAUUUAAGCAAUAUCACACGAGCAAGAUCACUGCUGUGAUUCGGCCGCAGGUAAUGAUUUAGGGCCAUAUAGCACGAUUGCGAGUAUGAUAUUGCAUAUAUACAACAGUUCAAUGAACAAGUACAUUUAAAUAAAUUAGGAAAAACCGAGUACGGUCAUAAAAAAUGCAUUUGUGCAUGGAACAACUUUCUUACGCAACGGAUCAGAAUCUGUCGUUGCUGGUUCAAAACAAAUGUGUCCAAGUCUCUGUUAGUUAUUCAAAAAUGUCACUUUAGAACUAGUAUCAUGGCUUGGGCUGUUUCUAACAAGUUACUGGAGAAACAAGGAUGUGUGUGUGUGUGUGUGUGUGAGAGAGAGAGAGAGAUAUGGAGCGUGUGUGAUCACCUGUUGAUGAUGCUGUAGUGUGUUAGUCAACUUUCUGAAGAUAAAGUCAUUUUGGUGAAAUUCAUCCUAUUUUCUCAGUGGAAAAAUAGCCGCCCAAGAGGGGGUAUUCCUCUCUAUUUCGCGGUAGAUGGUGCGCAAGAGUCUUUUACUACAGAAACCACAAUCUCUACCAUUUUGAACAGUAUUUUCUCUCCAAUGUGGAAAGAAGAGGUAAGCACCUUGAGUUUGUGUAAUUAAUCAGUCUGUUGUGUCUCUCAGCUGUGAUGAGCCUUAAUGCUGAAGCUGUUAGUUUAAAGCCGUUUAAAGCUAUUUCCUAGCUUUAGUAGUGUAGUAGUAAUACGAGCGAUCACGGAAGUGCUGUUGAAAAUAAACACUGAGUGACGCUGACUCACGUCAUGAACUGGCUCAUAUUACACACAAAAAUGGUCUUUUGCCUCCACCUGCUGGCUAAAAUAUGUAAUAUCACAAUAUUAAAUGUAAAGAGACAGAUGGCUCUUAACACAUCUGCACUGCUCUUACACUUUAAUUUAGAGCAGCACGAACACAAGCGGAGUGAUACACACUGCAAAGCGUCCAAGUGCUGAUAAUGUGAGACCAUCAGUACUCAUGGAACGUCUCUCGUCCAAUCAGAUUCGAGAACCAGAACUAUCUGUUGUGUGUAUACACACACACACACACACACACACACACACACACACACACACACACACACACACACACUGUAUAUGUAUAUUUUACUAAAUGCUUUAUUGCAGUUGUAAUAGCAUGUAGAGCAUAAUUCUGUGUAAAGGGUCAUGAUUAAGCUUAAUUAGUUUUUCAAGAGAAUGUCUGUAUUAUCCUCAAGAUUAGCUGAUAAGUUGCUGCCAUGGACUGUCAAUUCUUGGUUUCAUUAAUGGUACUGUAUAAUGGGGUGUUCCAAGUUUGUGUUUUGUAACAUCUCUGACUGGUUUUGAAGUGGCUGUUAGAUUCCCCCCCCCCCCGGGAAUUCUAAUAAUAAAAGCAAGCU